CUAAUCCAUUAUUAUUGUCGUUUCAUUCUCUUUACCAAUCAUGGGUAGUAGAGAGUGAUCCAUUCUAACUCGCAUAAUGGCAAAUGAGGUAACUAUCAGACUACUAGGAAAUAGCACAUAAUAGACAAAGAAGAAUUUGUCUUUAAUUAUUAAAAUUGUCGUUAUUUGUUUAAAAAUAAUGUAAAUAGAUGUUAUUGUGUUUCAAAUCUUUUUGAAGAGGGUAUAUAAAAAAAUGGUUUUUCCUAAAACCUGUCCUUUCUGAGUUCUAGCUCUCCCCAAAACCCAGACAAAUUCUCUCCUCACUCCUCCGGAACCCUAUUUGUAACCGCCGCGUCAACGUGUGCUUCGCCGUCCAGCUCGACCUUCUUCAAUUUCAGUUGAAUCAGGGUGAGUUGCUGAUAGAUACAAUUUCAAUUUGUGCUUUGCUUUAUAUGGUGGAAUGAAUGAAUGAUGAAGAGGACGACCCAAAAUAACAAGCAACCCAAUGUCUGAAGACCACACACACACUUUCCUAAAAAUUGUUUUCAAUUGGUUGUUUUCGAAUUCCUUUCCUUUGGAUUUUAUUUUCAGAUUGGCUGAUAGGGAAAAAGAGACAAAAAGUAACAGAUUAUCCCUGUCAGCUCCAAUCACAGCAUCAAAAGAGAGACAGAGAGAGUGAGAAUGGCCACAGCAGCUUUCAACUUGGCCCUCCUAAAGCCUUCGGCUUUCUCUGUUCCCAAGCCUCAAAACCCUUCAAAGAUUCGGAUUUUCACUCUCAGAUGCUCAUCCGCUCCCACUAAUGCCGUCUCAGACCUGUCCAAAAGACCUUGGAAAACUUCAGAUGCUAGACUCGUGCUUGAAGAUGGUUCAAUCUGGAGAGCAAAAUCAUUUGGUGCUUCAGGAACCCAAGUUGGUGAAGUUGUAUUCAAUACAUCCUUGACCGGGUAUCAAGAAAUUAUUACAGACCCCAGUUAUGCUGGCCAAUUUGUCCUGAUGACAAACCCUCAAAUUGGAAACACUGGUGUAAAUUUUGAUGAUGAAGAAUCUAUGCAGUGCUUCCUUGGUGGUCUAGUGAUCAGAAGUUUAAGUAUCAGUACGUCCAAUUAUAGAUCUGCAGAAACUCUUGGUGAUUAUCUAGCAAAAAGGAAUAUCAUGGGAAUUUAUGAUGUUGACACACGGGCUAUCACCCGCAGAUUAAGGCAAGAUGGAAGCCUUAUUGGUGUUUUAAGCACAGAAGAGACAAAAACAGAUGAGGAACUAUUGGAGAUGUCUCGGUCAUGGGACAUUGUUGGGGUUGAUUUAAUAAGUGGCGUGUCAUGCAAGGCCCCUCAUGAGUGGGUUGAUAAAACCGAUCCUGAGUGGGAAUUCAAGCUCAAUAGAAAAGAUGAAGGGGCUUUUCGUGUUGUUGCAUAUGAUUUUGGUAUCAAGAGCAACAUACUCAGACGAUUGGCUUCCUAUGGCUGCAAAAUUACUGUGGUGCCUUCAACAUGGCCAGCAUCGGAGACUCUUAAGAUGAAACCAGAUGGGGUCCUUUUCAGCAAUGGCCCUGGAGACCCAUCUGCUGUUCCAUAUGCUGUUGAAACGGUCAAGGAGAUUCUUGGAAAGGUUCCUGUUUUUGGAAUUUGCAUGGGCCAUCAGUUGCUUGGCUUGGCAUUAGGUGGUACAACUUUUAAAAUGAAGUUUGGUCACCAUGGAGGAAAUCAUCCGGUCCGUAAUCUUCGUACUGGAGAAGUUGAGAUAAGCGCUCAGAAUCACAACUAUGCGGUUGACCCCAAAUCACUUCCAGAUGGUGUAGAAGUAACUCAUGUCAAUCUCAACGAUGGAAGCUGUGCUGGCAUUGCUUAUCCUGCACGAAACAUUAUGUCUAUUCAGUACCACCCUGAAGCAUCCCCCGGACCUCAUGACUCAGAUUACGCUUUUAGAGAGUUCAUUGAGCUGAUGAAGAGAGUGAAAGUAAUUGCAUGAGUGAUAUCUGCACUGAGCAAUCAAGUGAGGGAUGCAAAACCUAAAGCAGCAAGGAUUCAAUUGGCAAUACAGAUAUCCAACCUCUGCUUGUGUCUGACUAUAGGAUUAACGUAUGCGGGUCAGUUUGUUUGUAGUGGUAUUGUGUGAUAGUUGAGAUGAUCACUUUGUCAUAUCUAUAAUUGGCGUAGACUUUUUGAAGACUAGGUUGGUUAGCCACACUGUAGCUUGUAACAAAAAAAAUUACGUCUCAGUAGCAAGUUCCAUGAGAGCCAAUGAGCCAAGUUCUAUUU